AGAGAAAAAGAAAUAUACGACAAAAUUAAGAAGGAAAUCAGAAAAAAAGUCAAAGCCCGCGAGUUGUUAAAAGAAGAAUUAACCGAAAAUGAUGAGAAAAUUAAGGACUUAGAGAAAAGGUUGGAAAUUAGUAAAAAAGAAAUUAAAGAACUAGAAAAACUAUUAGUACCUUGUGUUGAUGAUUUAACUCAAAAAUUAGAAAUUAAAAAAGAAGAAUUGAAAAGGUUAGUAAAUGAUGCAAAAGAAGAAAUUGAAAAAAAUAAUCUAAAUUAUCUAGAAGAAGACUUAGUUCAUUUGUUAGAAAGUCAAAGUGAAUUGGUUAAAAGUGAUAAUAAUUCUUCUCAGGAAGAGUUAGCACAUACCAAAGAGACAAUUAAUCGUUACUUCAAAAACACUAAAAAAAUAGAAGAAAUUUGUCAAAAACAAGCAGAAAUUACGGAGUUAAAGGUUGGUUUGAAUAAACUAAAAAUGAAGAAUGUCAAGAAUAUUCUUCUGAUUGGUAAUACUGGCAGUGGUAAAUCGACUCUGGCUAAUGUCUUGACUGACACUAGCGAGUUCAAAGAGGGAAAAUAUGCAACUAGUGAAACUAAGGAAACCCAAAUCAGAGAAUUUGAAGAAAAAUAUGCCGUAUACCGAGUAAUUGAUACCGUGGGAAUAGGUGAUACACAAUUAUCAGAAGACAAUGUAUUAGACAAAAUAAUUCAAACGAUUUAUUACUUGAGAGAAGGAAUAAGCCAAAUAGUGUUUGUUACUAGUGAUAGAUUCGAUGAUGGAGAAAUAAUGGCUUAUAAAUUAGCAAAGACUAUUUUCGCCUCAGGAAGUGAGGAUAUUGAUGACUAUAUUACUAUUGUGCGAACUAGGUUUACUGAUUUUGAAAAUCAAGAAGAAUGUAGAAAAGAUAUUGACUUAAUGAUUAAAAAUGGCGGAAAGUUGUCAGAGAUAAUUAAAAAAGUUAAAGAAAAGGGUAAAAUUAUUCAUGUGAAUAACGGUACUGAGCAAGAAAGAAAUUUUUCACGAUCCAUUUUAGUAAAUUAUUUAGUGGAAAAUUGCCGAAAGGUCUAUAAUGAAUCUUUGGAUUUACGGAGGUUAAGUAAGGCCAUCAGCAUAAAUAUGAGUAAAAUAGAAGGCCUAGAGAGGAGAAAAAAAGAAGAAAUAGGAGUAGAAGACAUUAGGAUUUUGGAAAAUGAAAUAGCAGAGUUAAGAAAGGAACUCCGUCAAUCAACAAAAGAACAUAUUGACUGA